CGCCUGUUGCUGUUGCUAGACUGAAUCUUUUCGCCAUGGCGGCUGCCGUGUCCGUUAGGAGCACCGCUGACAGUGAAUCCUCGCACCCUGCUUCUAGCCCAGGUCUCGAAUUGCCUCGUCGUGUGGACGACUGGGGAUUUUCGGAGUAUGGUGAGACGGGAGUAGACGAUGAGAACCAGCGGAGGACCGAGGAGGAGCUGCCGACACUAACUGCCGAAGAGAUUGAAAGCCGCCUCGAGAGGACCCGCAGAGAGUUUCAUAACCGUCGUAAAAUUAUUAUCAAAAAUCUGCCAGCUGACAUCUCUAACCAGGAAGUCCAUGACCUGCUGAGCAACUAUGAUUUGAAAUACUGCUUUGUGGAUAAAUACAAAGGAACAGCUUUUGUCACACUGCUAAAUGGUGAACAGGCAAAAUCUGCAAUCAAGGAGUUUCAUCUGUACAUUUUACGGGACAAAGAAAUCUCUGUACAGCUGCAGCCCACAGAUGCCUUAUUAUGUAUUGCUAACCUGCCCUUGUCUUACACACAGCAACAAUUUGAUGAGUUGGUGCGUCCUUUUGGGAACAUAGAACGUUGCUUUCUGGUCUGUAGUGAGAGUACUGGUCAUUCCAAAGGGUAUGGGUUUGUUGAAUAUAUGAAAAAGGAUUCUGCCGCCCGAGCCAAAUCAGAAUUGUUGGGAAAGCAACUGGGCACCCGUAUGCUGUAUGUACAUUGGACUGAAGUGAAUUCACUCACAUAUCCGUUACUUCAUUCUCGGUGCUUAUGUGUGGAUAGACUUCCCCGUGGACUUAAAAAUGCAGAUGACUUAAAGGAAUUAUUUGCCAGCUUCCAUCAACCUGUUUUUUGUCAGUUGGCUCAAGGUCAAGACGGACAUUUCAAGAGAUUUGCAGUGCUGGAGUUUGAGACGUCAGAAAUAGCAGAAUCGGUCCAGCGUCAUUGUGAUGGGCUGGCUUUUGGCACAGGCUAUUUACGUGUGUCCUUCUGUGCUCCAGGACCCCCGGGUCGAAGCAUGCUGGCAGCCUUGAUUGCAGCCCAGGCAAUGGCAUUAAAUCGAGGGAAAGGGUUACUUCCUGAGCCAAAUGCACUUCAAAUUCUCACGAGUCUGAACAAUCCUGCCACUCUGAAGUUGCUGUUGAACCCCCUAUUGCACGGACCCCAAGCCCCCUCUGGAAGGAAGCAUGGUAUUCUUGGAACACCCCCUUCAUUGCCCUUCUUGGGUAAUCCUGCUAUUUCAACAGCACUACUACAAAUGCUGCUCCAGAAUCAAACCCCACCUCAACAGAAUGUAUUACUUGGAAAUCCUCUGCUUCUGCAGAAUCUUGUUUGGACUCAACUACUCCAGAAUAAGGAAAACCAGGCCUUCCUCAGUACAGGGAUUUUGGGGGAAUCCCCACUCACAGCUUUACCCCCAAUGAAUACAGUUCAGGGUGGAGGUAUAAUGAAUGAUUUAAUUGCAGGUGGUGUUUUGCCUGGUGUUGGUUUGCAUUCUGAUGUACCUUCUGCAUCAGUUAAACCGUCCCAUCUCCCUGGAGGGAAUGUACCUUUGCCUCAUCUUCUUGGUGGAGUCUCUGCUGAAAGAGAAUCUCCUACAGCCAUAGGAUUACACCUUCCACCACAGAGCUCAUCGACCCUGCCAGGCAUAGCCAACCCAGUUAUUAAUACUGUACUUGCCAACCUGCAGCAAAAUCAAGGGAUGACUGGAGAAAAUGGACCCUCUUUGCCUGGGGUCUCAAUACUAGGAGAGCCACCAAAAGAUUUGAAAAUGCAACAGAACCCAUUUUUGAAUAUUCAGAGCAUUUUUCCUGGUGCUGGCAUGUCCGGUACUCCCACAAAAUUGCACUCUAGCCGAAAGAAACCUUCAGUUUUGGGAAACAUGUCCAAUCCUAGACUCUCAUCCAUUUCACAAAUGGAUUUUUCCAUUCCUCCUACUGGAAGGUACCAGGACAACUAUGUUUUCAGAGACCAUAGACAGGAUAAUGCAUACCAACUGCAAGAGUCCCCUGAAUCUGUGGUACGAGGUCUUCCCCCAUACCGAUCAAAGGGUCCUUAUCCUGCAAGCUACAGUGAAUGGAGUAAUUUUGGUCCAUCUUCGUCUGUUGCUCCAUUCAAUGCUGGUUCACCUAGUUCUUAUUUUCAAAGUGGAAUAAAUGCAGGCUUCAAGCAGUCACAUUUAAACAAGGCUGUGGGAACAUCUGUGAAUCAUGGUGGUGGAAUGUAUGGUUAUGGUCUAAGCUCAUCUCCUACUGGGAAUUUACACAAGACUCCAGGUGGAGGGCAGAAAAGAGUUUUUUCUCAUCUCAUUCCUUCCCCUGAACCCAGUCCAGAAGGUGGAUAUAUUGGCCAGCAUUCACAGGGUCUUGGCGGGCAUUAUGCAGAUUCCUAUUUGAAAAGGAAGAGAAUAUUUUAAGAUGAGCCCUGGAGUAGCUAACACCCAUUCUGUUCUAAUCAUGUGCUCGAAUUUCAUUUUUAAUAUAUAAUAUAUAUUGUGUGAAGAAUGUUUUGAUUUGAUCUCAUUUUUUGCCUGUGGGCAAUAAUGAGCAACUCUAGUUCUAUUAUUUUAUUCCUUUUUCUGGAAAGGCUAUUAUGGGCCAACUUUGUUUACUGAUUCAUAAGGUCUUUAAUUUGGUAUAAGAAUACUUCUGUAUCAUUAUGCUCCUUUCCUUUUUUUAAUUAAGUUUUUAGUUGUUUUUAAUUUAAAUUUUGUGUAUGUAAAUUCUUUUUAAUUUAAGUUAGCCUUUCCUUAUUGUUAUGACAGACUUGUUAUAAUGGAAAGUGUGUGUUCCUGUGUUCUGUUCAUUUGUCACAUUUUACAGAUGUCAAAGAUUUGAUUUAAUUUUUCCUCUGACCUUUUUAAUUUCUAGUGUCGUGUGUAUGUGUUUUUCUGUAUUGUCUUCUUGGCUAUGUAUAAAUAGUUUGUUUAUAGUAAGCAUUGCAUACCUUUUAAUUGUUAAUGAAAGCUACUUGAGCCUCUUGACAGAAAUAUUUUCCAGUUGUAAUGACUGGAUAACUUUGUGCUACAUUUUUAAAAUUGUGCAACAGUUGCAAAUACUUAUUUUUACAUGGAAUAUUUCUUCCUUAUUUUUGUAAUCAUUAAAAGUGGCACUUCUUAAUGGAAUUUCCAUGUAGUCUUUAAGACCAUUAGUUUGAAAUUUUAUUUUAUUUUUUUUGGCAGUAGUGUCCAUCUAGGGUUUUACAACCAUAUACUUAAGUAAUUUCAGUGUAGACAGACUGGGAACCAUUAUUUAGUUGCUGCUUUUAAAAUGCAUACAUCUAUAUUUGUACUAAAUUUGCAUAAUCUUUCAAUCAGAGCUGCCUUAUUCAAAAGCUGUUACUUGCACUAUUUGUUAAAUAUUUAAACCUGGGUUAUUGCAAUGUAGUUUUUCAAUUGAAAUUUGUGGAAAGGGUUUAUAAGAAAGGGUAUAUUCUUUCAUGAUCCAAAGGAACAUUCAGUUUUAAUUUAAGGUCAGAGUAUUAGCAAAUUUUGACUACAUGAUUCAGGUUGAUGCGAGUGUGGUGUGUUUGUCCCCGUCCCCCUUCCUUUCUUUCCUUGAAGCUAGCAACACCAUCACAAAAGUGUUCUCCAUAAUAUUUGACUGCACUUGACUGUUCAAUUUCCGUCUCUUAUGGUGAUUGUAAGGAUAGGAAAAACACAUUUUAUAGUGGAAUUUAAGCUUUACACAUCACAAGUUUGUGUUUGUUAAUAGACACAAGGUUUUUUUUCCCCCUCUCUUUUUUGAUAUCUUCUCACUAUUUUCAUGGUUUUGUUAUUUAUUUCAUAAGGGCUGUGUGUGUGUGUGUAUAUGUAUAUAUAUAUAUAUAUAUAUAUAUAUAUGUGUGUGUGUGUGUGUGUGUGUGUGUGUGUGUGUGUACGCACCCCUCCCGCUGUUCUCUUUUUGAGAAAACACUUUUUAGUUCAUUUAAAAAUGCCAGCUCUUAACUUUUAAUGUCAUUGAAGGGGUUCUCUUAGUCCAUUGAUCUUUCUUGUUUCUUUUCUAGCAUCAGAUGCACAAUAUACAUACACUGCCAAUAUAAAGCAAAUUGUGUGGAAGGAAUUGUAUACUGUUUUCAGUGGACCAAGUGAUUCAGCUUUUUGUGUACCUUGAGAUAUAUAUAUAUUUUUUUUCCUUCACUGGACUACUGCUCUUCUUCAAUGUUUGACACAGUAAAAUUUAAUUUGAAAACAUUUGUGUCCGUCUUUUACUUUUAAACGUUUGUAUUGGCAUCACCUAGUUUGUUCUUUUUGUUUAAUUUUAUCUCCUUGCUACUUUGCCAGACACAACUGCCUUGACUUUGUAAUUACCUCACAGCUUGUUCAGCCAAACUAGGAUGUUACACGUGUGUCAUUUGUAGUGUUUUCUGAUCAAAGUAGAUGUAUGAUCUUCCCUUUCUGGGUGUCUGUGCCAUAAACAUUGACUUGUUUGUGUCCAUUCUGAAUAACGGCACAAUCAGGGUGGUUUUUUUGUUUUUUUCCUUCCUAAUUUCAUUUCAUAUUUGCCCAUAGUUAAGUGUUUUGAUUUCCACAUUUAAACAUUGUUCAGUUAACACUAAGGGUUUUAAGUAUGAAUAAUAACUUUGUCGGCCCUUCAUUCUCCUCAGUGUGAAGUAUUUGAAUGUGCAGCAGAGUAUCUGAACAGUUUAACCUGUUCUUUGUGUGGCAUUUAGCCAAAGUUAAAGUAAGAGUGUGAAAUCUAAUUGGAUUUAAAAGCGCAUUUAAUUUUGACUUUAAAAUGCAUUUUGCCAUGUGUUGAACAAGCUUGAAUUAAUAAAAUAUAGUAAAUGUCUGUUUUAUUGAGUAAAUUCUUUUGUAAACCGUGAUGGCAUGAAAAAAAUAGCAAUCCCCUUUUGAAGGACUGUAAAUCCGAGCAAGAAACUUACAGGAGACGAUGCCCAUCAUUGCUAAAGAGCUGUGUGAAAUUCUAUAUAGGUUGAUACAUUUGUUUUACGUUUUAGUUUUCAUUUUAGAUUGUAAUAAUCAAACACCCUUCCUGUUUUAUGAGAGUAUAAGGUAACUAAACAUGUUUGAUCACCACAUAGUGACAGAGAGAGAGAGAGUUGCAUUAGUUUUGAAUUAUCAGGCGGCAGGUAGUAGUAUUCCAAGUCUAGCCAGAGUGAAUUUUAUAGUGUGUCUUUAAAUAACUAAAUCCCUUUUUCUACUUUUCUGCCAUGUUUAACAAAACAUUUCAAUUCACGUGUGAAGCUUACUGAUUAUGCAGAUUUAUAUUGUGGUGAAGUUUGUUGCAGUAAAAUAACAUGGACAUUUAGUACUCGAUUAAAAUAAAGUAUUGUUUAGAAACUUCAAAAGCCUUCCAUAUUAGCCUACUACUUUAAGGAUUCUAAAUUUAACAGGCAUGCUUUGAAGAAGAUGAAGCCACCUAAAUAAAGCUGGUUUAUUAAUUCUCAUAUGUGACCUUAUGUGGAUUUGUAUCUUUAGUAUUUUAAACAGUUUUCAUUUGAUGUACUACUGACAUUUUGAGCGACUGCACUAUAAUGUACAGUGUUCAGUGAUGCUAAACAUUAGAAGACUGAAAUUGUUUGAACUUUGCAGUUAAUGUGGUUUGUUUCUUUAAAUCUUCCUACCACUUAACUGUUACCAUGUAGUGAUGAUUGCAUGUCCUUGAGGCACUUAGUUAUUAUUUUCAUAUAAUGCCUAUGUAAAAAACUCUGUUCAAACUUAAGGUGUCAAAUUGCAAAAAAGGGAAGGCGAGGAAACAAUUCUCAAGGUAGGAAGGAGAAAAGUGCAGAAAUGUAACAUGUAACACUCCUGCUUUAUUCAUUCUAGUGCUUGCUUCUGUAAUACACCUCUAUGAAAGUGAUCAUUACUUUAACAAGUCAAAUUGCAGUCUUUAUUUCAUUACAGGCAAUUGGAAAGGAAUGGUCAUUUAUUUCUACUUGUGCCUAGCCAUCCAUUUCCUGAAUUUAAAAUAAAUGUCCGAUCUGCCUGUUUUCAGUCCAUAAUUAGCAAUGACCAUGAUUUUAUUUUGGGCUAGUCUGUGGCUGUUUUCUUUUAGCGUUCAGAAUGCAGAAUUGCUUAAAGGAUCUCCGAGUUCAUCAAAACCUAUUGAACAUAGUAUUUCAAAUAAGCCCAGUGUUUAGGAG